ACUGAGGGCAAAGCCGGCAGCCACGUGACUCAUCAGUGUGCGGCGCUGGAGUCACAUGACCAGUGGAGUAAACAGGAAGGCGCAGCAGGCGGCGAUCAGCUGCAGUGCCCGGCAUGGCCUUGUGAUCGCUCCAGACCUCAUCGCCUCCUCUCAGGACCCUCAUACCGGGAUUACAAUGCUCCGUGCUGAACACACUAUCAAUGCAAGUUAUGGGCAUCACGUGUCUGCUCAGGAGGAGAGCGCCCCCCUGCUGGGGAAUAGACCACAGAGAAGGUCGUCCCCCGGAGCAUCUUUUGGAUUUUCUGUGUUCAACCUAAUGAACGCUAUAAUGGGAAGUGGGAUUCUUGGCUUGUCAUAUGCCAUGGCCAACACCGGAAUAAUCGGAUUUAGUAUCCUGCUGCUCAUAGUCGCACUCUUGGCUGCCUACUCCAUUCAUCUGCUGCUUUGUUUGUGCAUUUACACUGCCGUCACAUCAUACGAGGACCUCGGCCUACUUGCAUUUGGCGCACCUGGGAAGAUCCUGGUGGCGAGCACAAUCCUCAUUCAGAACAUUGGAGCAAUGUCAUCCUACCUGUUUAUUAUCAAGUCUGAGUUACCAGUUGCUGUUGCUGGGUUCUUGUCCGGUGACCACAGUGGGGCCUGGUACCUUGAUGGUAGAUUGCUGUUAAUAAUUACAGCAGUGUGCAUUGUACUCCCAUUGGCGCUGCUCCCCAAAAUAGGCUUUCUUGGCUACACAAGUAGUUUGUCAUUUUUCUUUAUGGUCUACUUUGCCAUUGUGGUUGUGAUAAAAAAAUGGUCCAUUCCAUGCCCUCUUCCUAUGAAUCAUACUAUGGCAUACAUGGAGUUUUCAAACAGUUCUGAAUGUAAACCAAAACUUUUUGAAUUUUCAAAACAGAGCUCAUUUGCACUACCAACCAUGGCUUUCUCAUUUCUCUGCCAUACAUCUGUUUUACCUAUUUACAGUGAGCUUAAGAGCCCGUCCAAGAGCCGGAUGCAGAAUGUUGCUAACCUCGGAAUAUCACUAAGCUUCCUCAUCUAUUUUAUUUCUGCAUUGUUUGGUUACCUCACUUUUUAUGAUAAAGUGGAGUCUGAACUACUACAGAGUUACAGCAGAUUCCUGCCGGGUGAUACCCUGAUCGUAACAGUCCGGCUCUUCAUUCUACUUUCUGUGCUCCUGACAGUGCCGCUCAUUCAUUUCCCAGCAAGAAAAGCCGUCAUGAUGAUGAUGUUCUCCAACCAUCAAUUCUCCCACCUCCGUCAUAUAGUGGUGACAUUGGCCCUCAAUGUCAUUAUUGUACUUCUCGCCAUUUACGUUCCAGACAUAAGAAACGUCUUUGGUGUGGUUGGAUCCACCACCUCAACAUGUCUGCUGUUUGUGUUCCCUGGAAUAUUUUACUUGAAGCUUAGCUUUCAAGACUUCUUAUCCUGCCAGAAACUUGGGGCCUGUGGGCUGCUUGUUCUGGGUAUUUGUAUUGGUGCCUGCAGUUUAACACUAAUUACCGUGAACUGGGCUUACAAUGAAUGAGAGAAUCACGCCGGAGUUUACAUACGGACAGAAUGUGCAGCGAUUUACAGCCAAGGAUAUCCAGUUUCAGGGGGAAAUUGGUUGAGAAACAGUUUAUGUUGAAAGCACGACACUCAUCCGCCCUAUGGGUCUUCUGGGAAAAUGAACUUGCCAUAGCCUAAAAUAUGGGAGAGUGGUCAUUCUGAUGCUUUAAAGAGGGAGGGUGGGAUAAAGGGGAAAUAUUUUCUUAUGACAAAAGCUUACAAAACCUAUAUAGGAAGACCUGCUCAUCAUCCCUUUCAUUACUAACAAAUUACACGGGUUCUAUGAAGACUGGCAUUUAAAUAAGAAGGGAUUUGUAAUCUGCGACUCUCCAGAUGCUGUAAAAGGUUCAACUCCCAGCAAGCCGUGCCAGCUCCUGUCGUGCAUGCUGAUAGUUGUAGUUGCUCAACAGAUGCAGACUGCAAGCCACUCUUUAGAGUUGAGCGAACUUACAGUAAAUUGGCUCUUAGCGAACCUUGCAG